GAAAAAAGUAAGUUUAAGUCUUUAAGAUAAUGAUCAGGAUCCAGAGUAUCUUGUCUUAGUCUCUCUUUACCGACAUUGUUCCCUAUAAUUCUCUAACACGUUUAAUGAACUCGAACUCAACUGGGUUUUACUAAUUAUUUCCUUACACACUCACUUCACACACACACACACUAAACACCAUAGUAGCUUGAGUUUCUCAGGUGAACAUGGGUGGCCGCUGCUCCAGAUUCUCCCUCUGCUGGUGGCAUUCUCCUCUCAAGCCCUCUGUCCUUCAACCCUCUUCCGAUCUUGAGAAUGGAGGCCAGAAUGAUAAGAAUGCAGUGCCUAGCUUUAGGGAAUUUAGCUUAGAGGAGCUACAAGCUGCCACAUCUGGUUUUAAUUCAGAUAAUAUAGUGUCCGAGCACGGUGAGAAAGCUCCUAAUGUUGUUUACAAAGGAACUCUUGCGAAUACUAGGGUGAUUGCAAUCAAGCGUUUCAACAAGUCCGCUUGGCCUGAUUCUCGACAAUUUAUUGAGGAAGCAAGAUUGGUUGGGAAUCUGAGAAGCGAGAGGUUGGCGAAUCUAAUAGGAUUUUGUAGUGACGGAGAUGAGAGAUUGCUUGUGGCUGAAUAUAUGCCUAAUGAUACAUUGGCGAAACAUCUAUUCCACUGGGAGAGCCAACCGAUGAAUUGGUCUAUGAGAUUGAGAGUUGCUCUGUACUUGGCUCAAGCUUUGGAGUACUGCAGCAGUAAGGGACGCUCAUUGUAUCAUGAUCUAAAUGCUUACAGAGUUUUGUUCGAUCAGGAUAGCAAUCCAAGGCUUUCUUGCUUCGGCUUGAUGAAGAAUAGCAGAGAUGGCAAAAGUUAUAGUACAAACUUGGCCUUCACCCCUCCUGAAUAUUUGAGAACAGGAAGGGUGACGCAAGAAAGUGUAGUUUACAGCUUUGGAACUAUGAUGUUAGAUCUUCUGAGCGGAAAACAUAUUCCACCAAGCCAUGCAUUAGACCUGAUCCGGGGCAAGAAUUUCUUGAUGCUUAUGGAUUCUUGUCUGGAGGGUCAUUUUACAAAUGAUGAUGGAACUGAGCUGGUAAGGCUAGCUUCUCGUUGUUUGCAGUUUGAAGCUCGUGAAAGGCCAAACGCAAAGUCCUUGGUCACAUCUCUCAUGUCUCUUCAGAAGGAAACAGAGGUUCCAUCACAUCAAUUGAUGGGCAUUCCACAUGGAAAUGCAAAUGUCGCAGAACCAUUAAUGUUGUCGCCACUGGGUGAAUCUUGCUUGCGCAUGGAUCUGACGGCCAUACAUGAAAUAUUAGAGAAGGUUGGAUACAAGGAUGAUGAAGGAAUAGCUAAUGAGCUUUCUUUCCAGAUGUGGACAGAUCAAAUGCAGGAUUCCUUGAACUAUAAAAAGCAAGGAGAUUCAGCAUUUCGAGCUAAGGAUUUUACUAUGGCCAUCGACUGCUAUACACAGUUCAUUGAUGGAGGGACUAUGGUAUCGCCCACGGUCUUUGCAAGACGCUGCCUAUCUUACCUAAUGAAUGACAUGCCACAAGAAGCACUUGGAGAUGCAAUGCAAGCUCAGGUGGUGUCUCCAGAGUGGCCAACUGCAUUUUACUUGCAGGCAGCUGCCCUCUUCACCCUCGGAAUGGACACCGAUGGCCAAGAAUCCCUCAAGGAUGGCACAAAUCUGGAAGCCGAAAGAAACAAACAUUAAAGUGUACUGCAUGUCCAUUUUCCUAAUUACAUUAUGUGAUUCUGUUUUCUACCCUCAUGCCAUUUUGAUCUCCUGAAUAUUUGAAGGUUCCUACUAAAACCUUUUAAUUGUAAAUUUUGAAACUUUAGUUGUGAUAUCUGUCUUUAGAAUGUCUGGCUCUGCAUACCAAAUACAUCAUACAUUCCUCCA